AUGUCCCAAAACGAUACAGCGACCAACAAUUCGGUCGGAACGUCGACAUUCGACAAUAACUGUUCGGCCAUAGUCGAUUAUACGGUACUGUACGUGUUGAUGGCGAUGCUGAUCAUGUUGUCGAUCGCCACAGUUGGCUACAACGCCUUUUACUUGAAACUGCUCUGCUGGCACGAAAGGACCGAACGCUGGGUGAAGGUCUUCCUGGUGAAUAUCGCAAUCUGUGGCAUGCUCUACGGGCUCUGUCAGUUCUUCAGUGCUAUCUACAACGUCAAGGUACUGAGCUCACCGUCUCAGGAUUUUUCUGAAGCGCAGUACUGUCGCUGGUCCAUGUACUCGAAGAUGUUCAUCUCGUCAAUGCACAUGAGUUUGAUCGCCCUGAUGGCCAUCGUCCUGUCGAUAAACGUAUGCGCCAAGGGUGAGCGCCUGAAUGGCCGGAUCCUAGUCGCUUCGCUGCUGGUUGUUGCAUGGUUGGAAAAUGCCAUUGUCUGGACAGCGUUCAUCAAGUGGAGUUCGAUCACCAGCAAAAGCAACUGUUUCUGUACCUUCAUCCUCUCCGCCAGCUACUUCACCCUCUGUCUCAAAUACGUAUCGGAACUGGUGCUACUGUUGCUGGCAGUGAUCGUUUUCCUCUACGUAUACCGCAGCAGCAGAAGAAAGGUACUCGACGUCAACAUCCGAGACGACAACCACAACUGUUUGCACCAACGCAUGUCGCUAUGGCACACGGCCACCUACACCAAAAUCAUACUACCAUGGGCGAUCGUACACACGCUGAUCUUGGUGCUGAUCUUGUGUCUGUCGAUGGCAAGCAGUUUACUAUACCAAACCAAUGAGUGGAAAAUGAGGCGCAUCUAUCUCAUCAUUAGUAUUUUGUUCAUACGACUAAUGGACGGAACUUUACAACCGCUGAUCCUUAUCAAUUCCAGUCACAGCUUGAAAAGCAAAGUCAGGAAACUGCGUGCACCCAUAAGAAAGCUGUUUUUCGCUAAUGUCCGCUGCAACGAGGAACCUUCGUCAAAAGAGGACAGCUGCUGGAUCAUAGCCCAACAUCAAACGCCGGAAAAUCAUCAGGCGAUGACCAGUAAGAUCUGGGAUCAGGUACAGAAACGAGAUCAAAUAGUCAAGGAGAAAAAGAAAGAGGAUAUUAAGAAAUUACCGUGA